UCUUGUAAUCAAAACAAAUAAACCGAAAUAGGAAUGUGACGCGUAUUUUGUCAUCCACAGUGUAAUUUGAUAAUUUUAUGUGUUGUAUUUCGUGAGUUACAGUUUUAACUAUUUUAUAUUUCACAUUCCGUGCAAAAAAAUGACUCCAACGCUGUAUAUGCUAUUGUGUGCUGCUCGAUUCAUUUUAGUCUUUAUUCCACAAACUGGGUACAUUCACCCCGAUGAACAUUUCCAAGGACCAGAAAUUGUAUAUGGUGAUAUGCUAAAUUUUGCGGUGCAUCGAACAUGGGAGUUCAAUUCUUUGAAUCCUAUUAGAAGUAUUUUCUUCCCAUACCUUAUAACUGGUAUAGCUUCAUUAUUAUCACUUUUGAUAGACACAAAUUAUUUGUAUGGCACAAAAUGGUACCCAUAUUUAUUACUUAUUCUACCGAGAGUUUUACUAUGUUUUCUUUCAUUUGCUAAUGACUUUUGUCUCUAUAUGAUUUGUAAGAUGUUGAAAAGAAAUCACUCUGUGAGUCUGACAGUAUUUGCUUCAUCAUAUGUCACUAUUGUUUAUCUUACAAGAACAUUUUCUAACUCAAUUGAAGCUUUGAUAUUUACAUUUUUUGUAUUUUUACUCUGUGAAAUACGUUAUUUGUUUGAUAAAAUUAAUGAAGAAAAUCUGUCAAACAGUAAACUCAGAAAGCUCCUACUCGUAACUUACAUGCUUGGAAUAACGUUGACUCUUGGAAUUUUUAACAGGCCAACAUUUAUUUGUUUUGCAAUUUAUCCUCUAACAGUUUGGAUUUAUUCACUGUCAAAAACAAAAUGCAACUGCAUUACAAAAUUGAAAUUGUUCUGUUCCUUCUGUUUAAGUAUAUUGUCUUUGUCAAUUUGUUUAAUUUCAAUUGAUUCUUUUUACUAUACCAAAGGUAAUUUCCUUUUCAAUAUUAUAGCAGAAAAAAAUUUGAAGGGUCUAGUUUUAACUCCUGUAAAUUUUCUCUUGUAUAAUACGAAUAAAGCAAAUUUAGGAGCUCAUGGAUUGCAUCCGUUAUGGCUACACAUUUGUGUUAACAUUCCACUAUUGUUUUCCGUUUAUGGGGUUGUCAUUUUGCUGCAUUUUCUCAAAAUUUUAAGAAACACAGCUCAUAAGUGGGAUUACAUGUUCCAUGUGUUAUUAUUUGUAACACCAUUACUUUUGUUGUCCCUUAUACCACAUCAAGAACCAAGAUUUUUAGUUCCUCUUAUUACACCUUUGAGUCUCUUAUGUUCUUAUCAUUUUUUGCACUACUACCUAAAAAAUAAGUUUUUCAUCUGCUUGUGGUGUAUAUUUAAUAUUGGUGGUGUAAUUUUUUAUGGUUUUUUCCAUCAAGGUGGUGUCUUUUUGUCUUUGUCUCAUAUUCAUACUUUUAUCCAUGCUCAAAACAACAGUGUAGUUGUGUAUUAUAAAACUUUCAUGCCUCCUUAUUAUCUGCUAGCUAUGAAAGAAAAGCAUUUGGUAGGUAACAUUCACGAUUUUUCUGGAAAAGAGUUGAGUGAAUUACAAUUUGGAGUUGAAAACAUUGUUUCAGGAACUUAUCCAGAUUCACUUUUCAUUGUUGUACCUUUUGAGUUGUCAAUAUCUGUGCAAAACUUUUCAAUAUUUUCGAAGUAUAAAUAUGUACAGCAUGAUUAUUUCUUUCCACAUUUAAGCACAGAACAUAUUCCAAAACUGAGUAAAAUGAUUAAUACAUUAAAAGAUAACUCCACAUUAACUAAGAAAGUACAUAAUUUAAAGAAGAUAUUUAGUAUUUCUAUUUUGAGGUAUACCAAACUUUGACACUCAGCUAGCUAACAUGUUUUUCUUUAAACUUUUAUACUCGUUUGCAACCAAUGGUUUUUGAUGUUUCAUUCAUAUUAAUGUAUUUAAAAAAAAUGGUUCAUGGAUAACAUGUUUUAAAAUCCACUUUAAUA